UAGAGUCACGUUGCUGUUGAGGAACUGUCAACAUUCCGCUGCAAGCAACUUAAAAAAAAAAUCAGCGAAGACAACUAAGAGACAACCUUAAGUCUAUAUUUUACGCACAACAAUCUUUUUCGUUGGAAACUACAUCUUCAGCAUCAAAAUGAAAGUGGUCGGAUCUACCUGCGCAUUGAAGAGCAAGGUUGGCGGCGAGGACAUGGUGCGAUGCCUGUCUGACCAGAGCCUAGCCAUCUCUAAGUGCAAGAUCCCGCUGCUGGACGAGCAGAUGACAGUCUUCCUGCAAGAUAUGAAUAGCUGCUACAGCAAACUGAAAGAGCUUGUACCCACAUUGCCCACGAACAAAAAGGCAAGCAAGGUGGAGAUUCUCCAGCACGUCAUAGACUACAUCUGGGAUCUGCAGGUUGAGUUGGACGAGCCUGAGAAGAGUCGCCAGCAUUCGGGGAACAGCAUGCCACGCACGCCGCUGACCACUCUGAAUGCAGAACUUGCCAGCAUUUCUGAGAGUGGAUGUUCGGAUGACAGAAUAAUGUGCCGUUAAACCAAGGGAACAUCUCCCCCAUCAUUCCAUAGCGAGCACCAACUUCAGGUUACCUGAUGGGCCAUUCGACCACGUCAAAACCUUGAACUGAGUAGGGAAGUUGCAGACUCCCAUACUAGAAAAUGCAUUCAAUGGACAUGCUCUGGUGAAGAGGAACUGUCAUUCCAGGCCUUCGAUUUACCAGAGGUGGCUUGGAGACGAGUGUUGUCCAAAAUAGACUGGGUUAGCCGGGGACCAUGGCAGAUAGGCUACCAGUGCAACCAGCUUUGCUUGUUGCUUGUAGAGUUUCUUAAGAAAGUUAACAUUUCUGUCAAGUUUUUGUAUUCUGUAAAACAUGUAGAAAUUUCGAAAUUUUGUUAAAGAAAAAAAUACAUUUCUCAGAUUCCUGAGCGACAAACUGUAUUGUAUAUUACAAUGCCACAUUAUGUGAAAGAUAUUGUUUUCUUACAAUGUACUUUAUUGGUGUUUUUAUUAAAACAAGACAAUUAUU